AUGAUUACACGAUUAUCAUUCUUGGCUCUGGGAGCUGUUCUCUUGUCCUCGCCCCUUAUUGAUUGCACAUCCCCUUCAGAGAUACCCUCGGAUACCCCCAUCGCCUCCCUCGUCUCCUCCGCUAAAUCCCACCUCGCCCAAGGCAAUGCAAAUGACGCGCUUACAUACUUCGACGUUGCUAUCUCGCGAGAUCCUCGGAAUUACCUCACAAUCUUCCAGCGUGGUGCCACGUACCUUUCAUUAGGAAAGAACGAUAAAGCAAGUCAGGACUUUGACAAGGUACUGAGCAUCAAACCUGACUUUGAAGGAGCGCUAUUACAGAGGGCCAAGAUCAAAAGUCGGAACGCGGACUGGGUGGCAGCAAAGGAGGACUAUGUGAGGGCAGAGAAAACAGGAAGCGCAGACUUCAUACGGCUCGAGGAAGCAUGGGGAGCCGCAUCACUAGCGUCGGAUGCGGAAAAGGCUGGUGACUGGGAGAGUUGUGUUGGCCACGCCGGUACAGCAAUAAUGGUCGCAAGCACCGCUUUGAAUUUAAGGCAAUUGAGGGCACGGUGUCGGUUUGAGAGGGGCGAAGCGCUGGAAGGGGUCAGCGAUCUGGCACAUGCACUGCAGAUAUCGCCUUCGGCCAUCGAGCCUCAUAUGCAGAUAUCGACGAUGAUGUUCUACUCAGUGGCGGACACAGACAAAGGCAUUGAGCAGAUGAGGAAGUGUUUGAGAUCGGAUCCGGAUUCGAAGGCUUGCAGUAAGCUCUUUAGGCGGGAGAAGCAGCUCGACAAGGUGUUGAAGCAAGCCUCCGCAUUGAAGGAGAAGCGCCAAUUCAACAGCGCUGUGAAGCUUCUGGUGGGGACAGGUGAGGAUCCAGGGCUGAUGCAAGAUGUGAAAGAGGACGUCAAGGGUUUUAAGGAGGCUGGCUACAUUAACAAGAACUCUCCGAAUGAGCUCUACAGCAGUCUGGUUGAGAUGGCCUGUGAAUGCUACACAGAAAUCAACAAGAAGAAAGCUGCUCCCUACUGUACCGAAGCUCUGACGUUGAACGUCCACUCGCUCCCCGGUCUCAUCGCUCAAGCACAAAGCCAAGUUGAUGCCGAAGACUUCGAAGCCGCCAUUGGCACCCUCAAUCUCGCAAAAGAACACCACCCUGCUGCCCAAGAUAUACAGCCUCUCCUGCAAAAGGCCCACACUCUGCUCAAACGCAGCAAGACAAAAGACUACUACAAAGUCCUAAGCGUCUCUACGGACGCUGACGACCGCACAAUCAAAAAGGCCUAUCGGACAAUGACGAAGAAGUACCACCCCGACAAGGCAAGCUCCCUGGGCGUAACGGAAGAGCAGGCGGCGAAGAAGAUGGCGAAUAUCAAUGAGGCUUACGAAGUGCUUAGCGAUCCGGAGUUGAGGGCGAGGUUUGACAGGGGUGACGAUCCUAAUAAUCCGGAACAGCAAGGGCAACCAUUUCAUGGAAGUCCGUUCGGGCAAGGGCCCGGGGGUCAACAAUUCUUUUUCAAGCAGGGUGGUGGAGGAGGUGGAGGGUUCAAGUUUCAGGGUGGAGGAGGCGGAGGAGGAUUCCAAUUUCCUGAUGGAUUUGGCUUUUGA